CUCGUGCCUGCGGCUAAUUAAACCCAGGCUGCGAUUUGGGAUCUGGGCAGAGCCCUGGGCUCAAUUACUGGUUGUGCAACGGGCGGGCUGGGAAGCUUCACGGCGAUGUUGUUGUCAUCGGGCGUUAUUGGGGCUGGGGCACGUUUCCACCCCUGGGGCUGUUCGGCCCCUGGAUGGCUGAGGACUGGCGCUUUCCUUGCACUCGCCUUGCCGCAAAGCACACUCCCCGUCUGGGCAACCCCCAAAAUGCUGAUUUUUUUUUGGUGGUUUUGUACCAUUCCCAUCCAGAGCGGCCUUAGCACCUUGGCUCUCCCCAGUUCUGGCUGCUUUCGCCGCUCUCUGAGCAAUGGGGAAACAGGCACGGCAGUGCGCUUGGGUGCUGCCAGAUUCAUACUGGCUCCGUGUCCCUUUGGACGCGGUGGCAACAGGAUGGCAACGUCCCUACCUCCACCCAAACGGGUGCAGACCCCUGCUCCCACCCCCCCACCACACAGGGUUUGAUGCCGAGGAGUGAUGGGACGCGAGCGGCGGCACGGGGGCCGGGGAAGGUUUCGGGGCGCCUGCUGUUGUCCCCGUGGGGACAAUGCGGCUCAGUGCUUGGUGGCAGGGCCGUGCCAGGGGGGAAGGAAGCGGCGGCGGCACGAUAAGGGCUGUCUGCCAGCCUGUGAGGUUUCCCCUUGUUUUUCGUCUGGGGGCUGAGAUAAGAGCUGGGCCCCCCCUGCGUCGGCACAAGGUAACGCCCGGGGGGGCGCUGAGCCGAGAGGGAAGCAGUGCUUUGCCCGUCUGCCAAGCCUGUGCGCAGCCCAAACCCAAGAUGUCGACCUACAAGCGGGCGACGCUGGAUGACGAAGACCCCCUGGACUCCAUCGGUGAAGGCGAUGGGUACCCCAACGGCUUCCAGGUGAAUUUCUGUGGCCCGAGGAGCAGCCUGGGGUGCUGGGCUCAGCGCACGCGGCCUGAGAAACAGCUCGUGGUCCUGGUGGCUGUGCUGGCGGCCGUGCUGGCGGCGUGCCUGCUGGGCCUCAUCUUCCAGUACAGAGCCCGGCCGCCCGCCGUGUGCCUGUCAGAGGCCUGCAUCUCCGUCACCAGCUCCAUCCUCAGCUCGCUGGACCGGGCGGUGAACCCCUGUGAGGACUUUUUCAGCUACGCCUGCGGAGGCUGGAUCAAGGCCAACCCUCUCCCUGAUGGCCACUCGCGCUGGGGCACCUUCAACAACCUCUGGGAGCACAACCAGGCCAUCAUGAAGCAUUUGCUGGAAAACACCACGGCCAACGUGUCGAGCGAGGCGGAGCGCAAGGCGCAGCGCUACUACCAGGCCUGCAUGAACGAGAGCAAGAUCGAGGAGCUGCGAGCUGCCCCCCUCAUGGAGCUCAUCCAAAAGCUGGGCGGCUGGAACAUCACGGGCCCCUGGGCCGGGGACAACUUCAACGCGACGCUGCAGAAGGUGACGGCGCACUACCGCACCUCGCCCUUCUUCUCCGUCUAUGUCAGCGCCGACUCCAAAAACUCCAACAGCAACGUCAUCCAGGUGGAUCAGUCGGGGCUAGGCCUGCCGUCACGGGAUUACUACCUGAACAAGACGGAGAACGAGAAGGUGCUCGCCGGGUACCUGAACUACAUGGUGCAGCUGGGCAUGUUCCUGGGCGGCACCGACGAGGAGUCGACGCGGCAGCAGAUGCAGCAGAUCUUGGAUUUUGAGACCGCGCUGGCCAACAUCACCAUCCCGCAGGAGAAGCACCGGGACGAGGAGGUCAUCUACCACAAAAUGACGGCUGGAGACCUGAAGGAGCUAGCACCGGCUGUGGACUGGAUGCCCUUCCUCUCCAUGGUCUUCCACCCCGUGGAGCUAAACGAGUCGGAGCCCAUCGUGGUCUAUGCCAAGGAGUACCUGGAGCAGGUCUCCGACCUCAUCCUGGCCACGGAUAAAUGCCUCCUCAACAACUACAUGAUCUGGAACCUGGUGCGGAAAACCAGCCCCUUCCUCGACCAGCGCUUCCAGGAUGCUGAGGAGAAAUUCAUGGAAGUGAUGUAUGGGACGAAGAAGACCUGCCUCCCCCGCUGGAAGUUCUGCAUCAGCGACACAGACAACAACCUGGGCUUUGCCCUGGGGGCCAUGUUCGUCAAGGCCACCUUCGCCGAGGACAGCAAGCAGGUGGCAGAGGAAAUGAUCGCAGAGAUUAAAACAGCCUUCGAGGAAAGCCUGGAGACCCUGCAGUGGAUGGACGAAGAGACGAGGAAAUCUGCCAAGGAGAAGGCGGACGCCAUCUACAACAUGAUCGGCUACCCAAAGUUCAUCAUGGACCCCAAGGAGCUGGAUAAAGUCUUUAAUGACUAUGAGGCUGUGUCCGACCUCUACUUCGAGAACGUCAUGCAGUUUUACAACUUCUCGGCCAGGGUCACCGCUGACCAGCUCCGGAAACCACCAAACCGGGACCAGUGGAGCAUGACGCCUCCAACGGUCAACGCGUACUACUCUCCCACCAAGAACGAGAUCGUCUUCCCUGCCGGGAUCCUCCAGGCCCCUUUUUACACCCGCGCAUCUCCCAAGUCGCUGAAUUUCGGUGGUAUUGGCGUGGUGGUGGGCCAUGAGCUGACACAUGCCUUCGAUGACCAAGGCCGGGAGUACGACAAGGACGGCAACCUGCGUCCCUGGUGGAAGAACUCCUCGGUGGAGGCCUUCAAGCGGCAGACAGCGUGCAUGGUGGAGCAGUACAGCAACUACACCAUCAACGGCGAGGCUGUCAACGGCAAGCACACCCUCGGGGAGAAUAUCGCCGACAACGGGGGCCUCAAAGCUGCCUACCGGGCGUAUCAGAACUGGCUGAAAAAGAACGGUGAUGAGGAAACCCUCCCGACCCUCGGCCUCACCAACCAUCAGCUCUUCUUCGUUGGCUUCGCACAGGUGUGGUGCUCGGUUCGCACGCCGGAGAGCUCACACGAAGGGCUCAUCACUGACCCUCACAGUCCCUCGCGCUUCCGUGUCAUUGGCACCGUCUCCAACUCCUGGGAGUUCGCGGAGCAUUUCGGCUGCCCACUGGGCUCCCCCAUGAACCCCCCCAAGAAGUGCGAAGUGUGGUGAUGGGCAAAUGCCCGAGGGAACCAGCUGCUUCGUCCUCUGCCGGCAGCUGAAUUUCCCUGGUCCUUUCAAGAGGCUGAAACCACUUCUCUGUGCAGCGAACUGCCCAGCUCCCUGCUGGAGCGGCACCCCGUGUCCCCGGUGUUGUCCGAGGUUCGAUCCACUGUGAAAACUUCUCUUCCCCUCGCUCGUUGGUGAAAUGACUCCGAUUUGAGGGUUUUUCUUUCCCACCGUGACUAGGCCAUGUGCUGAGGCACGUGUCCGCGGGCACUGCCUGUAUUUACACACGCAGUGCUCAAUCCUGAUCUGCUGCCCCAGGAAAUACCUCUUCCGAGGCGAUAAAGGGAACGCCACGGUGCCAGCAGGUUUGGCUGUGUGUCUAAAUACACCUGGCAUAAUACACCUGGCAUACCUUCCUCUCUCCAAAGAUGCGCACACAAGGAUGGAAAGUAGUUUAAGAUAUAUUUUGGGGGGAAAUAUAUAUAUAUUUUUCAUGCAUUUUGGAAUACACUGGAAAAUUUCAGGGAAAAUGCAUUUAAAAGCUUUUUUUUUUUUUUCUUUUGUUUUUAGCAAAGGAUUAGAAUAUUUAUUAAUGAUCUUUUUUACUUAGUGCAGCUGCAGGGCACAGCACCCUGUGGGGAUGGUUCCUCAGCCGGGGGAGCCAGAUGUGGCUGCCCAGGUUGUGGAUGGAACCGGCCGGCCCUGGAGCCCGGGUUCCUCCGGGAGGGACCAUCCCCAGAGGAUGCUGAUGGGAAAAGGGGGACAGGGUCUGGGGGCAGGAUUGGUGGAGCCCCCUUAGGGACUCCUGUCAGGUCGCAGAAGGGCUCUGCUGGGAUGCUGCAGCUCCUGAGAUUAGCUUUAAUUUCUGAGUGCAAAGGGAAAAGUUGACGUGCCAAAGAUGUAACUGAGGUGGUGAUGGCAGGGAUGACGGCCUCUGGCCGUGGGCAUGGACUGGUUCUGGCCAUCCCCAGGUUCACAGAGCCCAAGACUGGGUACGUGGCAGCACGCAAGGACUGCACUGAUCCUGCGUCCUGCCAGCGCCUUUCCCAAGGGCUGUGGCUGCAUCUUGGCCGGAGGGGAAGGAAAGGGGAGCCCAGAAAGCAGGAGCGUGGCAAGAGCAGCUGCAGGAAAGUCCCUGCAUCCCUCCCGUCCUCGUAAAGGGAGGUUGGCCCCAGCCUCCUGGCCCAGAAGCUUCUCCAGCCAAGCACAGGCAGUUCUUGCUGCUGCUUUGCUCGCUGCCGUGCCCAGCCCCUACGCCCAGGAACUGCAAGCCCCGAAAUCACCACAGGGCCCCAAACCUCCAUUCCUGCAGCGCUGGUUUGGUGCCAGUGCAGAAGCUGGCGGGGAUGGGGGCGAGGGACCUCCUCGGGGGCUUUUAAUACUCUUCUUUGCGGUUUAGAAAAGAAACCACUGACAGUAGCUCAGGUGCUGCGUGUUGUCUCAUGGGGCACCUUCUUGCUCUAGACAGAAAGCAAAGAUGUAGAGGGAUUUUUAAUAUUUAUAUGUAAAAGGAGGGAUAUGGGGGGAUUUUUUUUGUAACUAUUUUUUCACCCUACAUGUGGAGCUUAUCAUAAUUGAAAUAAAUACUUUUUACUGGG